UUUGUUCAAGGACUUCAAAGAUAGGGUCGAGCAUCGAUCAAGGAGGUUAUAUGCAACACACUUAGGGUUUGGGGUUCACGGUUCAGGUUCGAUCAAACAUCCAAAAUCAACGGCUUACAAUAUAGUUACACAAGAAAUAUGGUAGACCGGAAAGCAGCAGAAUUUGGCGCGUCAAAGUUUGUCCGUUUGUCCAUGUCAGCAUCGAACCCGUGUGCUCGCACCCCUUGGUUGAACCCCAAACCAGCGGAACUUUUCUCGCCGCCUCCCCUGUUUUCCCUCCGUUCCUUAUAAUCUCUCAAAUUUUGGCUUCAUUCUUACAAUCGAAUCAAACUUCAAUUCAUCACAAUCUCGAAAUUUCAAUGUGCAGGUCGACGGAUUACCGGACUCUCGGCGGCGAUCGCCUCAAAAUCAAGGCAUUCUUUGUUCGAUUUUCGCAUCUGGAAGCCCUAGAUCCACCACCGGAGUCGCUCACUCUGUUUUUCCUCCCUCGCAUUGACGAGGCCAGCCUUGAAAUCGAUGGCCUUAAGAUCCGGCCGGAUUCGCCAGCGUUUGUCUCUCUUCAUCGAGUCCUCUUGCCGUCGUCGAGGAUGAGGAAGGAUGUGGUGUUCGGGAGUAGAGAGCGAGUUCGAGCGAGCGAAGGCGCGCAGUUCGUGGUGUGCUUGAGGGAGAAGAAAGUCGUGCAAGGUGUUUUUAGGAAGAGCGACGACGGAGAGUGGAGAAUGGACUGUAAAUGCGCGCUUGAAUCUAGUAUCGCCGGAGAGGCGGGCGCGAGGGCGGAGGUUUGCGUGGAUCUGGAAGGAGAGGUGGCGAUGUUUGAGAAGGUGGUUCUGGAAGUGAGAAGGAGGAAGAAGAGAGGGUUCUGUGGACUGGAGGAGAUUCCGGAGGGACGAGAAGUGGACGGUGAUUGCGAUGGAUGUGGUUGUUGUUGUGGAGAGGACGGCGACGGCGGUGGUAAUGACGAUGAAGACGGCGGAGAGAAGAGGGUGGAGAUGGAAGUAGAGGGGGACCAAUGGGCCGUGGAUUUGGGGAUUUGGGCCGUGUGUUUCGGAGUUGGAUCCUUGGUCUUGUGGGCCGCUCAUUCCAAAACACUCAGACGCAAACGAAUUUUUUGAAGCAUUCGCAAAUUUUUUUUUUUGUUUUUUUUUUAAGUUAAAUAAU